CGUUCAGCUCCGGUUUGUGGGCAUGGGAGUUUCUCACUGGUUUCUGCCCUGCCUCUGUUACUGGGAGGGAGGGUGGGUGCCGUGUUGCCCAUUCUAUGCUCAGCAAGUCCUGGUGGAUUUGGUGGUCUCCACCAGGGGGUGUUCGCCAGGCGGUGCCGGGGGCGAGGAGGGCUGCGGCAUCGAAAUGUGGCUCAGCUGAUUUGCUCUCCUCUUGGCGGAGACGGCCUCUGGAUUCUUCGAUUCUGCAAUUGCGGGUUUACAAACAAGCAUCUGGCUGACCCCUGUGAGAACAGGAUGCUGGACUAAGGUGGGCCUCAUCCAGUAGGCUUUUCUUCUGUUCUUGCCCCCGUGGAUCUAGACCUAGCAUUGCGUCCCGGGAGAGCUUUCCCAAACCAGCUUAUCCCAGCCGCUAUUGUUUUGGAGGAAACUCGUAGCACAGAUUUAUUUACCUAAUUGUCGCAAUUAGAUCCCAUGGAGCUCAAUGGUUUUCUCCCCCCACCCCGGUCUCUAUUUAACCCCCACAAAAACCCCGAGAGGUAGGUUGGGCUGAGAGGCAGUGAUUGGCCCAGGGCUACACCCAGUGCGCUUCAUGGCCGAGUGGGGAUUUGAACCCUGGUCUUCAAGCACCUAGCGCAACACCCUGACCAUUACACCACAUUGCCCCUGUGGGAGCGUGAGCUUUUGUUCAAAAACGAGCAAGUUUCUAGCCCUCGUGACUGGAAGGCAGGCUUGGGAACGGGCGAGCGAUGUGGGUGGGGGUGGGACUGAGUAGGCUCUCCAGGGGUCAGAGUGCAAAGCAAGGGGUUGAACUAGAUGACCCUUGGGGGGCCCUUUCAACUCUACAGUUCUGUGAUUCUGUGGUGGCGCUUCAGUGCCCAGGAGACUCCUGUGGUGAUGUUCCUCAUGGCUAGCAAAGCUAGGAUGAUUUGGGCCAGGAAGUAAACCUGUAAGGGGGGGAGGCCAUUGGCAAUGCUAUAAUUCCCAAGAUGGGCUGUACUGGGUGCCCUCGGAGGACUUUGGCUGUGCCUGGCACAGCCUGGCAAGCAUCAAACACCCCCCUGCCUGUCUCUUACGCCUUUAACGCAUGCAAAUCAGGUCAGCGCUAAUUGUUACCGCAUGUUCCAUUGAACCGGCCUUAUCACUUUGCAAUUGUGUGCAGUGUAAGACUUGUUCAUUCUCUCAGACUCUGCACAUGUGCAGAUUUCCCUUUGCCCAUUCAGGACUGACUCCUCUGGAACAGAACCCGACCAUUUCAGAUUGAUUGAUUUCUUUGAGAUUUCAAAAGCAACUCUCUAGCUCUUAAGGGUCACAUUAAAGAAUUGUGAGGGGAGGAUCAGAGCCCGUGUCUGGAGUUGGAUGUCGGACUAGGAUCCGGGGGACCCAGGUUCGAAUCCUCACUCGGCCAUGAAAUUUACUAGAGGAUCUUGGGAUUGUCCAUCACUCUCAGCCUAUCCCACCUUGCAGGGUUGCUGUGGGGAUUAAUUGAGGAGGAAGAGGAGGAAAACCAUGCAUAUGAAUGUAUGGGAUAUAAAUGCAAUCAAUAAUAAUAACAACAAUUAUGAGCAGGGGGGCAGUGCUGAGAAAGAGACUGCCUGUAGUUUGUUGCAGGAUUUGUGAUUUUUAUUCACAAAGCGUGCCACUGCCAGCCAGCCUUAAUGCUCCUGCAGAAUGGCGGCAGAUGCAAAAAAUAGUUCAUUAUUGUUAUAUUAUUCAUUAUUAUUAGUUGUUCUGUGAUCCUUUCUCAAUAUUAAUUGCGCCAUUGCCACCUGGGGGUGGGGGGCGACCCUAACCUCCACAGAAGUGGGACAACCUUCCUCUCCCCCUCCAAAACCCUUGGGGUGUGAAAAGUUACAGGAUUGCAGCAGCAAGUUUCGAAACGGGCACAGAUUGUUGUGUCCUGCCCGGAACUUUGGUAGGUGGAAACAGUACUGAAAGUUGUGUCGUGUCGAAAGCUGCCCUGAUGAGCACAGAUCAUUUGGUUACUGUAUUUAUUUAUUUAUUGUGUUUUAAUCCCCCCUUUCUUCUCCAGGAGCUCAAUUCCCCGCCCGGCCACGAAGCUCCUUGGGUGACCUCUGGUGUUGGGUCACUGCCUCUCAGCCUCACCUACCUCACAGGGUUGUUUUAUUAAAUGAGGAGGGGGAGUGCUGAGUACGCCACCUUGAGCUCUUUGGAGCAAAAGGGAGCGGAUGCAAAUGGAGUAAAUAAAUCAGGUGGUCACAUGGUUCUCCUGCUCCUCAUUGAAUCUCCACAACAGCCCUGCGAGGUAGGCCGCUGGCCUGAGAGCGUUUGACCGCCCCAAGGUCACAAAAUGAGCGCCAUGGCCAAGUGGGGAUUUGAAACCUGGUCUCUCCCAGGUCCUGGUCCGACGGUCAUAACUGCUGCACCAUGUUGGCUGUCGUCAUGGCUGCACGAUAAAAAGGACAUUUAGAGGGGACCUUAACCCUGAUGAUUUUUUAACAACAACCCAUCCACUUCUGGCUGAAAAUCUUAAACUUCUCACAAGGCUGAUCCCCACCCUCCCUGCCCGAUUCAUUCCUGGUAGGAGCCCAAAGCAGUUUGCGGUAUAUCUUAGGAAAGGCAAAGAGAUGGUCCAUUGCCCCAUCUACUUCAGUGCUGCUUGCACUGGCUGGCAGCAGCUCUCCAGGGAGUCUUUUCCUAGCUACCUGGAGAUGCUGCCGUGGAUUGAACCUGGGAACCUUCUGCAUGCCAAGCGCAUUUUCUCCCGCUGAGCGAUGGGCCUUUGCGAGGACAGUUCUGCACAUUUGGGGGGAAAGGGGCGAAGGUGGGGGCAAGGACUUCCUCUGCCCAGUUCCCUGCUUCUGACGCAGUUCCCCAGCCUUGUUCAGAACUGUUUGUGGGGCAGAGCCCUGCAAGAAUUCUGGCUUGAAUUAAGCCCCACACGGAGAAUCCUUUUUCCUGACUUCUCUCAGAGGCACGGGAGGCUGCAAAUAAUUAGAGGGAGGGAAAACUGAGUUGUGGCACGGAUUCAGGACACAUGCGGGAGAGUACUUCUUUGCACGACACACUUAAACGGCGGGGUUCACUGCCACCAGAUGUGGCAGCAGACUCCGGCUUGAAAAUGGGAUUAAACAAGUCUACAGAGGAGGAGGAGGGGAGAGGUCUGGCAACAGCUGGUAGAUAUAGGAAGCCUUCACAUUCAGGAUGAAGACAUUCGAUACAGAGCCAGGCCACUGGUCCAUAGAGCCUAUUGCAGCCUCUUCCGGCUGGCAGCAUGUCUCCCAAGGGCCGCAUUGCCUAUGCUCUUGUAACCUCCAGCUUUGACGACUGGAGCACAUUAUACGUAGGGCUGCCUCUGAGGACGGUUUGGAAACAUCAGCUGGUGCAACAUUUAGCAGCCAAAUUGUCACCAGGGCAAGACGGUUUGCACAUAUUAUGUACUCUGAUCCUGGCUCAACUGCACUGGCUACCAAUUAGUUUCCAGGCCCAAUUCAAAGAGCUGGUUUAGACCUAUAAAGCCUUAAAUGGCUCAGGACCGCAAUACCUCAAGGAGCGCCUCUCCCCAUAUGAACUGACCCAGACCCUACAAUCAUUAUCUGAGGUCCUUCUUUGUGUGCCUCCUCCACCAGACAUCCGGAAGGCGGCAGCACGAGAACGGGGCCUUUUCUGCAGUGGCUCCCCAUUUGUGGGAUGCUCUCCCCAGGGAGGUUUGCCUGGCACCCUCAUUAUCUAUUUUUAGAUGCCAGGUGAAAACGUCCCUCUUCAGCCUGGAUAGCUCAGUUGGUUAGGGCAUGGUGCUGAUAAUGUCAAGGUUGCGGUUUUGAUCCACGUAUGGGACAACUGCAAAUGUCCUGCAUUGCAGGGGGGGUUGGACUAGAUGAUCCUCAGGGUCCCUUCCAACUCUACAAUUCUAUCAUGACCAGGCCUUUGACUGAUUAAUAUUCCAAGACCUUUCAAAUGUGUUUGCGGGGGGGGGGGGGAUUAUUCCGUUUUGCUUUAACUAUUUAUUUUGUGCUCUUGUGAACAUCUCCGAGAUCUUCGGGUGACGGGCAGGGUAUAAAUUUAACAAAGAAAUACAGUAAUAAAUAGAAGGCUCCACCUUCAGUUAGGGAUGGAUGAGGCCUCUGUCUGAAAGCUAGGGCAGUUGCUGCCAAUCUCUAGGACCGGGGCGAUCUCUGGCAAUGGCUCUUCUGUGUGUGUGUGUGUGUGUGUGUGUGUGUUUUCGUCCCCGCUGUGCAAAGGGAAAGAUGGCCCCGCCCACUCUUGUCUCUGGUCCCGCCCACCCCUGCCAUGUGGCCCCUGGCAGGCUCCCCAGAAGAAAACAUGGCCCUUGGGUUCUCCAUAUUUGGUGUAGGCACUUUUGAGUUUGAUGGACCAAUAUCUUGGCAUGAUUUAUUUAUUUAAUAAAGUAUAUCUACCACUUGGUUGUUUAAAAACGCCCCCAAAGCAGCUUGCAAAAAAACCAAGGCAAUAAAAUUAUUAAUGAAAGGAAUUAAAAUAUUCCCAAAAAACCCAGAAAUAAGCUAAAAGCACAUCAGCGUUCUAGAUACCUGGGUAGGCUUGUCGAAACAAAAAUGUUUUCAGCAGGUGCCGAAAAGGGUACAGCGAAGGCGCUAGCUUGAUAUCAAGAGGCAGGGAGUUCCAAAGUGUAGAUGUCGCCACUCUAAAAGAUGGAUUUCUUAUGGGUGCGGAAUAUAAAACAGUUUCCUGCAACUCCCAGAGUUUUGAGGAGAGAUCUUUGCCAGCUCUUCCGCCUGAGAUUCCUUUUUAACUGAGGCUGCUUGCGAUUGAACCCGAGACCCUGAGCUACGGAGAAGUAGCAGCAGAGGUUUGCUGGCUGCCUUUGCACUUUGCUUGCGAUCUUCCUGGAAGCAUCCGGCUGCAGCCAGUGGACCCUCCCUCCUAUCUGGAACAGUGCUUCUUACAUUCCUAGUACAGUUUUGGGGUCGAUAAGGACUCCCUGAUUCAUUCUCAAACUGACUAAGGAACAGAGAAGAGGGUCAGGGGGUGGCCCUCCCUAGCUGCUUGCGGCUUGGCUCGCUGUCUCGAGUCACCUGGAGCUCUUUCCAUGGCAGGCAUCUGGUGGCACCUGCUGUUUUGCUUUUGGCACGCCGUGACCCGUGUUGCACUUCCUUCCCUGCAAAAGUGCAAGGCUGCAAUUUGAUCAGAAGCCAGCUGCAAAAAUAAGCUUCCCCCUCAGUCUUUCUGCAUGGCUCCCCCCCCCAACCCCCUUUUCAACAAAAAUGCAUACUUUUUACAAAGUGGGAUGAUUCAAACGGUGCUUGGUGUUUUUUGUUUUGUUUUUUACUGCCUUGAAAGUGUGGGAAUUGUUCCAGGCGGAUUGGUAAACAGGAAGGCAGGCCCCCGGGAUCUUGCUAACCCCCCACCCGGAAAAAAAAACACCCCGAAACCUGUUGUUUCUUUCCCUCCUCACGCCUUCAGCAUCCCUCUGCAGAGAAAAUGUUUAGCUCCAGAUCCGGCCAGCUGUUCUCCUUGGGGAUGUGCUGGAAGACAAGAAAGCAGUGUUAAGGAGCCAGGGCACCGCGAAGGUCGCCCUGUUUUCCUCCUGUUUUUCUCCCCGCUUGGACGAGGGACAAGACCCUAGCGCUGGAGGAAGCUCCCUGCUCCUUCUCCUCCCCCCGCAGCCUCCCCGCCAGCCAGCUGUCAGGUGCAGAAGCUGGGAAGCCUUAAAGGAAGGGCUCUGCCCCAUCCCCAGCAGGCCCAAGUGGGCUUCGGGGCAGGAUGAGACCCUUCCCACAUCGUUCCCUUGUGGCAGGCCUGGGAAGCAAUUUUGGAGAGGAGGAGACUUCACUGUUUCCUGCAGUUCCAGGUCUCUCACAUCGCCAGCGUUUUUCCAGGCCUGCCAUCAAAUUAUCCCCAGUAAAUAGUGGCUUUUGCCGCUGAGGACAUUCUGCAUGGCUUGGCACUUCCUUACGCUCCAGGCUCAAAAUAGGUUUUUUUUUGGGUGGGGGGGUUGUACACACUGGAGUAGGAGAGGAAAAACAAACACUGACAUUUUUGCAUCAGCCCCAGAUUCGACACCAAGGAAAGCGCUAACUGCAAAUUAGGACAACGAAGCACACUUCUCCAUUUUUGUCCAGUUCUGGGAAUCACAGUUUAUCGACAAGGUAGAACAGGCACCCCCAAACUUCGGCCCUCCAGAUGUUUUGGACUACAAUUCCCAUCAUCCCUGACCACUGGCCCUGUUAGCUAGGGAUCAUGGGAGUUGUAGGCCAAAACAUCUGGAGGGCCGCAGUUUGGGGAUGCCUGAGGUAGAAUGUGUGCAGAGGAGGGCGACCGAGAUGAUUAAGGGCCUGGAAAUGAAGCCGGUUGAGGGAACUGGGUGCGUUUGGCCUUGAGAAAAGAAGACUGGGAAUUCAGAUAUUUGAAGAUCUGAUAGCCGUCCUCAGAUAUCUGAAGGGCAGUCACAUGGAAAAGGGAGCAAGCUUGUUUUCUCCCGCUCUGGAGGGUAGGACUCAAACCAACGGAUUCAGAGACGAGAAAGGAGAUUCUGUCUAAACAUAAGGAAGAACUUUCAGAUGGUGAGAGCUGUUUGACUGUGGAGCAGACUCCCUCGAAAGGUGAUGGACUCUCCUUCAUUGGAUGACCAUCUGCCAGGGAUUCUUUAGCUGUGAUUCCUGCAUUGCAGGGGGUUGGACUAGAUGGCCCUUGGGGGUCCCUUCCAUCUCCACCAUUCUGUGAUAAUGUUGCAGGGAAACCAGGGUACCCCAGGAUGCUCCCUGGCCAGCAAGGUCUGCCAGCAAGGUCUGAGCCAGACGGCUGGAGGAGGGAGAGCCUGAGAAGCGAUUUGAAAUCCCAGGCAGAGGCCCACAGGAAAUUGCCUCUCCAGCCCACAGUUAAAGCUGACCUCUUGGCAGCCGGUCAAAGCUGCGUUCCCUGCGAAUACCAUAGAGUCUCUGUUCCAGGCUAGCGGGCAGGCGAGGGAGAGAUUCCCUUGGGACCGGCCAGAGAGGAGGAAAGGGGAGGAGAGGAUAAAGAAAACAAGCAUGCGCGAUUGCAGGCGCAGCGCGCACCAGACUCAACAGUGUCCUGUUGUGGAGAACGGCACAACAAGCUCUCUCUUGCCCUGGCUGCCCAUAGGACCCCCAGAUCCCAGACCUGUCAGGAUUCGGAUAACUUUUGGAGCCUGAGCUGGCUCGCUGCCUCUUCUUAGCAUCGGAAGCUGAGCAUGGAGAUUUCAAGCAGGCCAGGACAGGCAAUUUUGACAUCCACGACCCUUGCUGAAGUCUCUGCUCGGUUUUUCCUGGGGGGACACCGAGGCAGCGUGGACGAUGUCUGCCCCCAAAAGGUCAGACGCCUCUGCCAUUGACUGCCUGGGACUGCAUCAAUCUCCGUCAUCCACAGUGGUGGAAUUCCUUCGGAUUUCUCCUCGGGUGCAUGCAAGUGUUCCCUGAAGCAUUUUGAGGACCCUGCAUUGAUGGGUGCCUUUGCCCUCCAAUGGAGUCAGCCUUGGUUGGAAUGUGCUGCAACUCGGGUGGUUUUGGCGACUUUUGCUAGCCGCUGACAGUGCAAGGAUCCUGCUGCAGCCUCUGGGAAGCCCCCCACCCCCCAUUUAUGUUGUGGGUCCCUUUCCAAAAGGUGCGUCGGUCAUAUCAAGACAGGAGGAAGGUUGGCAGAGAGAUUCCUCUCUGGGUAGCAGAGAUGCGCCGCUUUGAGGCUCUGCGGCGCUCCUUCCCGUUUCUGGCCCGCUUUCGCAUGUACACGAAGCUGAGCUGUGGCAUGCAAGCAGAUGAAGGAACAGACUGGCUCCUGGAACUGUUAACCGAGGUCCAGCUGCAGCAGUACUUUUUGCGCAUCCGCGACGACCUCAACGUCACGCGCCUCUCGCACUUUGAAUAUGUCAAGAAUGAGGAUCUGGAGAAGAUUGGCAUGGGAAGGCCUGGUCAGAGGCGCCUCUGGGAAGCCGUCAAGAGGAGGAAGGCUGUGUGCAAGCGGAAAUCUUGGAUGAGCAAAGUCUUCAGUGGGAAGCGGCCUGACUCGGACUUCCAGCCCCUGGGGCAGUGCGGCCUGGGCAAGCAGUCCACCCCGCCCCCCCUGGAGGAGGGCCAGCAGCAGGCCUUGACCUGCCUGAUCAGCGAAAAGGACCUGGUGCUCUUCGAGAAGCUGGGCGACGGCUCCUUCGGGGUGGUACGGCGAGGGGAGUGGUGCACGCCCUCCGGCAAGUUGCUGAACGUGGCUGUCAAAUGCCUCAAGACGGACGUGCUGAGCCAACCGGAAGCCCUUGACGACUUCAUCCGCGAGGUCAACGCCAUGCACUCCUUGGACCACCUGAACCUCAUCCGACUCUACGGCGUGGUGCUCUCCAACCCCAUGAAGAUGGUCACAGAGCUGGCCCCUCUCGGCUCCCUGCUGGACCGGCUGCGCAAGAACCAAGGGCACUUCCUCAUCGCCACCCUCUGCCACUAUGCCAUCCAAAUCGCUCGCGGCAUGGCCUACCUGGAGUCCAAGCGCUUCAUCCACCGGGACCUGGCUGCCCGCAACAUCCUGCUGGCCACCAACGACCUGGUCAAGAUCGGCGACUUUGGGCUCAUGAGGGCCUUGCCCAAGAAUGAUGACCAUUAUGUCAUGCAGGAGCACCGAAAGGUGCCUUUCGCCUGGUGCGCCCCUGAGAGCCUCAAGACCCGCACCUUCUCGCACGCCAGCGACACCUGGAUGUUUGGCGUGACGCUGUGGGAGAUGUUCACCUACGGACAGGAACCUUGGAUUGGCCUCAACGGGAGUCAGAUUUUGCAUAAGAUUGAUAAGGAGGGAGAGCGUCUGCCGCGGCCAGAAGACUGUCCCCAGGACAUCUACAACGUCAUGCUGCAAUGCUGGGCACACAAGCCAGAAGACCGGCCCACAUUUGUGGCUCUGCGUGACUUCCUCUUGGAGGCUCAGCCCACUGACAUGCGGGCCCUGCAAGAUUUCGACGAGCCAGACAAGCUCCACAUCCAGAUGAACGACAUCAUCACGGUCAUCGAGGGCAGGGCUGAGAAUUACUGGUGGCGGGGUCAGAACAAACGGACCCUGAAGGUGGGCCAGUUCCCGCGCAACACGGUGACCUCGGUGGCAGGGCUCUCCGCCCACGACAUCAGCCAGCCCCUCAAAAACAGCUUCAUCCACACGGGCCAUGGAGACACCAACCCACACCAGUGCUGGGGCUUCCCCGAUAAGAUUGACGAGCUCUACCUGGGCAACCCUAUGGACCCUCCCGAUGUCCUAGGAGUGGACUUAAAUGCAGCCAGGCCCACGCAGCUCCCCGGGAGAGCGAAAAGGGAGCCACCGCCUCGGCCACCUCAGCCCUCGAUCCUCCUAAAGAAGCCCUCGUACGACCCUGUGAGCGAAGAGGACAACCCCCUCUCCUUAGGCCUCAAGCACCUCUGUCUGAAGAAGCCCGGCACGGGGCGAGGUCUGCGCCCGGCCAAGCCAUCGGCCCGCAUCUCCGGCACCAAAGUGGGUGAGAGGCUCCUACUGCCCCGGACCAAGGGAGGCGCUCUGCCCGGCAGCGAGGUAACGCUGAUCGACUUUGGGGACGAACCCGUCCCCACCACCCCGUCGCCCAUUGGGGAGCUCUGUGCUCCGUCUCUGGCGAAGCUGGCCAUGGAAGCCUUCUCCCUCUUGGACAAGACACCCCCUCAGAGCCCCACGCAAGCACUGCCCCGGCCCCUCCACCCGACGCCCAUCGUGGACUGGGACACCCGGCCCCUCCCUCCGCCCCCCGCGUACGACGACGUAGCUCAAGACGAAGACGACUUCGAGGUGUGCUCCAUCAACAGCGCAGAAGGGCUGGUGGGGCGCCGGGGCAGCUGCAAAAACUGGGAGAAGGGGGAGACCGGGGAUGGCUUUGGGUCCAAGGAAGACCCCAUGGCUCUCCCGCUGGAGGACAACCUCUUCCUGCCGCCCAAGGAGAUCAAGCAGCCGAGCCCUGCCCAGACGACCGAGCUCUUCCAAGAAUUGCAGCAGGAAUGCAUGAAGCACCUCAACGUGCCCGUGGGCGCUUCCUCUGUGGCCUCCAUGCCCAGCCCAGGUGAGGACAAGCCCCAGAUCCCCCCUCGCGUCCCCAUCCUGCCCCGACCGAUCCGCCGGAAUGAGCACGGGCGCUGGUCCGGGGAGCUAUCGCCGGCCUCGGCGGGCGAGGAGGACCGGCCGCCCCAGAUCCCGCCACGAGAACCAUUGUCCCAGCCUGGCUCCAGAACUCCCAGCCCCAUGGCUCUGCAAGGGGGGUCCCCGCAGCCAAGGACCAACCUGUGCUCCCCGUUGUCCCUGGGGGCGUUCCUGUCCACGUCACCCGGGAAGCAGCCCAUGCCCACCACCCAGAGCUUUGCCCUGGACCCCAAGUACGCCACCCCGAAGGUGAUCCAAGCGCAAGGCAAGGAGGGCGCCAAAGGGCCCUGCAUCCUGCCCAUCGUCAAAGACGGCCGGAAGGUCAGCAACACCCACUACUACCUCCUCCCCGAGCGCCCGCCCUACCUGGACAAGUACGAGAAGUUCUUCAAGGAGGCCAAGAACCCCGAGGAAGCCCCGCCUCCAGCCAGGGUGGUCACCACGGCCACCGUCCGACCCAUGGUCCAGCAGCAGCCUGACUACAAAGCCAACUUCUCCUCCAACAACAGCAACGUCCCUUUCAAGGCUUCCUGCGGCCUUCAGAAGAUCAUCUACGACAGCUCCGAUAGCCCCAGGCCCUCGGAGAAAAUACGGCUGGUCCAAGAGACGGUUCACGGCGUCACCACGGAGGAGUGCCACGCGGCACUGCAAAACCACAGCUGGAACGUGCAGAAGGCCAUUCAGUACCUGAAGGUGGAGCAACUCUUCUGCCUGGGCCUCAAGACACGGCUGGAGUGCCACAAGGUCCUGGAGAUGUUCGACUGGAACCUGGAGCAGGCCAGCUCUCACUUGCUGGAUCCCUACAGCGCCUUCCGGCUCAAGCGGUGAGCUGCAGAGUACCCCAAAAGAGGAGUGGUUGACCCGACGUGGGUUCCCGUGGUUGGUGCUGCUCUGAGGAGCCCCUUCUGAGGAGGCGUACGGACCGAGCCUCAGCUGCUCCGAGGCAGAGGACGGCAGAGCAGAGGCACAUGAGACUGUAGCUUGGUCCCGCUGGGCCAGACCCGCACGCGUUUACCCCGCGCCAGAGACUGGGCCGCUGAUCCUCCCGUGUCCGCCGACCCCAGGCAGCUUCGUGUUCACUUGUUGUCGUCUCCCCCGCACCCCCCCCGCUUCCGACCAUUAUUCCCAUUGCUUCGUGCCAGAUUUAUUUUGUAAAGAGAAGUGUUACAUUAAUAUAUAAAUAUUCUAUUCUAUUUUGGAGAGAAAGAAGUGGCGCUCAAAUGGCAAUUCAUGUCCACAGGCAAAUGGGGCGGGCAGGGUGGUGGAGAGUGUUUGGGCGAGGACUUCGUGGAAACUGGUUGCGUUGGAGUCCAGUAGGAGAAGGUGCAAGCCUAAGAAUUCUGAAGAUUUCUCUUCCUGGAAAGCAUCCCUUUUUUCACGCAGUUGCUAGCCCUCGAUAGUGUGAAAGAAGGCUCUUCAGUUCUCCAUAGAACUACAGCUCCCAGAAUGCUCUGGGUGUCUGCUUGCACUUUGCAUUAUGGGUAACGCUACUCAAAUGCCGUGCUCUUCAACUGUCCCUCUCCCAACCUGGCGCACUCCAGAACCUUCAACCCCAGCCAGCAGGGCCAAUUAUCACGGGUGGCAGGAGUUGCAGUCCAAACAAUCUGGAGGGCACCAGGUUGACGAAGCCUGCUCUGUUUGUACGUGCUGGAGCGUUUGCAUGUCAGCAGCAGCCGCAAAGCCACAAGGUGAACAUGACACUGAUGUGCAAAUAUUGCACACAUCUGGAUCGCCAGAGGCACUACUCAGUGCUCACAGUAAAUCACCACACGUCAAGACAAGGUGACCCACUGCAUGAGAAACAAGUUUGGAAAGGUCCCUUGGGUCCCCUUCUAACCUGAUGAGGUGGUAAAGGCAACAGGAAAACAAGAUCAACACAGAAGGACUUGCCUUUGCACUUCCUUGUACGUAUUUGGUGGGGCCCAGGCAACAGGAUGUUGGGCUGAGCUCUGCCCUGCCCAAACAUCUGCCCUGGGGCACUCAGCAAUUUUCUGAAGUGACAUAAACUCUGCUCUUAAACCAUCAGGUUUUUUUAUAAAAAUAAUAAUUAAACAUUUACAUCAUCAUCAUCAUCAUCAUUAUUAUUACCGUAUUAUAUAAAAUUUAUUACACAUCCUUCACCAGCAGGUCCCAGAACAGGUGACAACAAUUUAAGAUUCGCAAUCCAACAUGGUUAAAGCAGAUUACAACCACAGAAAUAGGGUAGGCCCUGAAAACACACAAAAAUCUCUGGUGUCAAAGGUCAGGGUAAGGAUUUGUCCAAAAAGCGGGGGAAAGGGACACCCAGAACAUUUUAUACAGAACACGCAGGAGUUCCAGGAUCCUACCCUAACAUAACUAGGGAGCUCCUCCAGGCUGUCACCAUUUAGCAAGAGGAAUUCAAUGGCAUGCCGGCAAAUUUAGGUUUGCACAAUUGAAGGUGGAUUAAAGCGCUUUGGCUGCCUUGCAUAGCUGCCAAGUUUUCCCUUUUCUCGCGAGGAAGCCUAUUCAGCAUAAGGGAAAAUCCCUUAAAAAAAGGGAUAACUUGGCAGCUAUGCUCCCUUGCAUUGCAGACCCACACACUCUGACUGGCUCUCUCUUUUUUAAAUGACUUCUUGCGGUAAGGAAAGCGACAGCAUGAUGCACUUGUACAAAUAGGGUUCCAUUAAAACCGGGGUGUUGUUGUUCCUUCCCCGUUUUAUAUCUGCACCACUAACUUUUCGUUUUUUGAAAUUUUCGUAAUUUGAACCUCCAUGAAGCUCUCCGGAGGCAAUACCAGCUUGGGAGGGAAACGUCCGUUGGAACAGAACAUUCUAUUGCCGUGUGCCAUUGGUUGCCUGGUUGCCCGGCCAUUUCCCUGCCAUGGACACUUGAUCUCAACCGCCGCCACCUUGCCUGGUUCAGUUGCUGGCAGUCCUUGGCUCAAACCAGUAGUGUCCAGAGCACAUCUUCAGUUGCGUUGACCACCAACCCUUUCUACACUCAUUUUCCUUUCAUUUGUUGGCUUAGCUUACUAUGGAUUUGAAACAGUGAGACUUUAAGGGUGAAAAACACCUCUCUAGCCACUGUCCCAGGUUGGCAGUGAAAUUCCCUCAUAUUUGCUCAGCAGGUAUGGUAGGAUGCAAUCAUUUCUUUUUCCUCGUUUUGUUUUCCAUUCUUUUCAAAAGAUGCAAUAAUAAUAAUAAUAAUUUAUUAUUUAUACCCUGCCCAUCUGGCCGGGUUCCCCCAGCCACUCUGGGCGGCUAGAUGCAAGAUUGUGGGUAAAGCACUUACUGGGCAGGGGUGGUCUCUUGCAAAAUGACCCAUUAUUUACACAGCUGCGUUAGUGUUCGCUGUGUGUUGCAUUGUGUCAUAUUGUUAAACUGCAGCCCAAAUUCUGAGCGAUAUUUCAGGGUUUCCAAUGUACACUCAAGGUCAGUUUCCUUCAAAUGACAUCAUUGGAGGUUUGUGCCUAUUUUGAUAUACUGUAUGGUAUUAUUUGCCCAGAUCUACGGGCUGAGCAUAACAACUUCAAGAGAUACAUAAUUAAAUAAUUUCUAUAUCAUUUCAUAAUUCCCUCUAAGCAGUUUACAUAUUAAACAGAACGUUACGAAAUACAACAUUACAAAAGAAAAUCAAAUAUAGAAUAUAAUAAAUAUCCUAGUUUAAAGGUAAAGGGACCCCUGACCAUUAGGUCCAGUCAUGACCGACUCUGGGGUGCAGCGCUCAUCUCACAUUAUUGGCUAGUUUAAAUAAGUAUAAUUAACAGGAAGACAAUAUAUUUGUGUACAUAUAACUUGGGGAGAAACAUUCCAAAUAAAAAACACAUACAGACACAGAUCCAAAAUCGCUGAUUUUGUGUGUCCAAAAUCUGUCACUCUUUCGUUCUCUCUCACAUGGACAUUAUAAUGAGAAAAAAGAUAGGAAGGCAUCUCCGGUCAUUGGCUCCUAUGGCAACAAAUCACCUGCACUUGACCACCUUCAUUCAAUGAAAUUGAAUUUUGGGAGAGUUGGGACAGAUUAAAGGAGGUACUACCUUCACACGGUGCACAGUUAAGCUAUGAAAGUUGCUCCUGCAGUCUCUUUUCCCACUGAGGGCCACAUUCCCUUCUAGACAACUUUCUAGGGGCCACUAAUGAGCUGUAUUUGUUGCAGGAUUUCAACAGGAUGCUCUGUUGAGAAUCUCAGGUGAGAUCCACACUCAAUGGAAGUCGCUCCCAGUCAUAGCUGCCAAGUUUUCCCCUUUCUCGCGAGGAAGCCUAUUCAGCAUAAGGGAAAAUCCCUUAAAAUAAGGGAUAACUUGGCAGCUAUGCUCCCAGUACAAGUCACCACACAGAAAUGGCUUAAGGUCCAAAUAAUUUACUGUUACAGAAGAUAAGGCUCACUAAAACAGUUCUGGACAUAGAUAGACAUAGUUUGUAGGCUAUUGCAGAUACAGAUAUACAUAAAGAUAUGUACAAGUGCAAAGCUGUUGCUCCAAAUCUCCAAAUAAACUACACCAAUUCAAGACGUAACGCUGGACAAGUAACACCAACAGACUGAUGUCUCACAUACUAACUGCAAGCUAACAGACAGACAACUGAGCCGGCACGCAUUAAUCACAGAUACAGUCGGGGCACUGGGUGAAUGCCCAGUGCCUGGGCUUCCUAGCAUUCAUGAGCCAAUAUCGACAUUCCCCCAGCAGCGCUUCUGCUAAACGAAUCGGAGAAUGUUUCGGAGAGAGUCGUUGCAAGAGCUUAGCGCUGCUAACUGGGAAGACGCCGCAAGCUCCGUGUCUUCGCCCAAAAAUGCAGGUAAGCUCAUCUCACUGAUGACACGGUCAUAGGGUGCUUCCAGAGGGGUGUUCUCUGUGGUGAUGUUCUUCCUCCACAGUUGGAGGCAGCAAUGCUUCCGAAUACCAGUUGCUGGAAACUGCAAGAGAGGAGAGGCUGCUUGCGUUCAAAUCCUACUUGAGGGUUUCCUGUUGGGGCAUCUUAUGUCCUCAUUCUUCAGAAAAGGAAGCAUCGUUUUGAAAAGGCUCUUGAGCCUGCUGCCUGCAGAAUAAGUUUGUCUUAAUUGCCAGCACAAAUCACAACUUUGCACAUGGAGGCUUCCGCUAUGUCGGGGUGCAGAACCUCCACAGUCUGCCAGAGGUCCAUUUUGUCCCAUCAGGCCAUUUAUCCCAAACCAGUACACCUGCCCUUCAGCUGACAAGACUGGUGGCAUCACAGGUGGGAGGAUAAGGUUUAGUUCCGUCUCUAGACAGUUCAGCUGCUUUAGAGCGUGGUGCGGAUAAUACCAAGGUCUCAGGUUCAAUCCCCAUAAUGAUGUAAGCCAAAAAUGGCUUAUCUUCUGAGUUAGCCCAAUAAAACUCAGAGACAAGAGUUAGGAGUCCAUUAUGUUUAUUGCAAAGCAAUAAGGUUACAGUUGAAUCUUUUCGGAAUACUGCAACCCCGCCCAAAGGUCGGGCAGGGGUAUUUAUAACAUUUCAGACAAAGGAUUUCAAUUUAACCAAUCACAUAAAUCAUUACAUCAUUUUAUAUUUAAUAUUCAUCAUCUCAUUUCAUAUUUAAUAUGUAUGUCAUUACCUAAUCUAAUAUGCAUGCGCAAUCAGCGUUGCUAACUAAACUUUGAUUCUUACCGUGAUCUGUUACAUAUUGUUAGUUUGCAUGUAUGGGAACC